AUGACAAAGUCCGGUGCGAAAGGAAAGCAGCCCGCUGGACGCGCUGACGAAUCAAAGCCACAAAGCAAGGGGAGGAAAGGCAAAAGAAACAGGGCCAGCUCGGCAACAAAUGCUCCCCCAAGCGCUGAGCCAUUGCCCCCGUCUCUACCCCCGCCCCCGCCGCCUCCACCACCGUUUCCAUUCGCUGACGUCGUAAUCAAGGCCCGUGACGAACUUCUCAGCAAGGCCAAGGAGUUGUACGCUAAGAUGGAUCCUCUGAAACCACGGCCAAUUCACCUUCGAGAGACCAUUGGGUUUGGUCCUGAGGGGCUGAGUCUCGAAGACAGCGAGUAUUGGGCCUCCGUUCCGCCCCACAUACGCAACUCCGUACUCCGCUGGUACACAUCGCCUCCAGGGCCGACUCAAGACGGUUUGGUGAUGAAGUCGAAUGAGAUGUAUGCUUUCGCGCAGAGGCUAGGAGCGGAAGUGGAAUUUAGCGAUGAAGACCAUGAUGUCCCCCAAUAUUCUGGCUUGCCGUUCGACCCCUCAAUGUUGGACGAAUUGGCGUCCCAUCGGUACGAUCAGUACAUAAAAGACGCGGCGGCAACGCUCGUCCCGCUCCCAGAUAUCGAGUUCCCCGUCUGUUUUGGGGCCCAGGAGGGUGAUGAGGAUGAUGUAUACUCUGAAGAUGUUUCGGACGAAUUUGAGAUACAGGGUGACAUGAAAGCAGUAGCACCGGAGGUACUGACGAAUGCGGUAGUGCCGCCGUUGCCGGAGCGGAGUCCGGAGUUACAACCCACGCCACCGUCCGCCGAUCGUCGGCGUGACAAAUCUUCACUUCCGCCCUCACUUUCUAGCACGACUACAACGAUUGGCAGUAUGCCUGUGGCCAAAUCCCAACAGCCUCCUGCUCCAAGUUCCGUUUCGAUGGGAAAAAAGCCAAUGCUGUAUCCCCCAACGUCCCAGACAACGACGGCGACGACACAGCAGCAGCAGCCCCAGGGCAAGAGCGCCAGGGCGGCGUCGAAGCAGCCUUUACCUGCACACGCAUACCCUCACAACCAUCCACACCAUCAUCCAUCUCCCCCGUCCUCGAAUGCAUCGCAGCCCCAGAAACCUCGGCCACCUAAUGCCAGUAAUACCUCAUCAAAGAACAGCAAGAUCUGGAGCACGAGCAACUCAGAGGAACGAGAACGAAUCAAAGAAUUCUGGCUCGGGCUAGGCGAGGAGGAGCGCCGGAGUCUCGUCAAGAUUGAGAAGGACACGGUGCUGCGCAAGAUGAAGGAACAACAAAAGCACAGCUGCAAUUGUGCAGUCUGUGGUCGGAAGCGCACUGCGAUAGAAGAAGAGCUUGAGGUACUGUACGACGCUUAUUACGAGGAGCUAGAACAAUACGCGAAUUACCAGCAGCGAUACGUCUCAUCUGGUGGUACGAUCCCCCCUCCACCCGGGCCUGGGCCGUUUCCUGGGAGCGUCGAGUUGGACAAGAACGGUGCGGUCAUUGGUCCUAACAGUAAGUCACCGCAUCCGCCAUCACGGACCGCCGGUAAACAGACCAAUGGGAUAAACGGCCGGAAGCCAUCGCACCCACCCCUCAAGCAGCAGCCUGAAAGCGAAUUUGAUCCCGAUGACGACGAGGGCGACGAGGAUUAUGGAGAGGAUGAGGAUUAUGAUGAGGAGGAAGAAGGAGAGGAGGAAGAGGAAGACGACGACGACGAAGAGCAACCUGAAGAGGAAGAAGAGAAACCUACGCGCGGAGGCCCAGGGAACAUAUUAACUGUUGCUGAUGAUCUGCUGAAGAAUGACGGUCAGAAGUUCCUGGAAAUGAUGGAGCAACUGGCUGAGAGACGGAUGCAGAGGGAAGAGGAAGCGGCGGCGGAUGUUGAGGAGGAUAGCGAAGAGGAGGAGGACGAUGAGGAUGAUGAAGACGAUGAAGAUGACGAGGACGAAGACGAGGACGAGGAUGACGAAGAAGAGGUUUUAACGGAAGAGCAGAAAAUGGAGGAAGGGAAGAAGAUGUUCUCCAUAUUCGCAGCGAGGAUGUUCGAACAACGUGUUCUUCAAGCAUAUAGGGAGAAAGUUGCGCAAGAACGUCAGCUCCAACUGCUGCGUGAGCUCGAGGACGAGGACAAGAUGUCGAAGGAGAAGGAAGCGAAGAAGCAAAGCCAGAACCAGAAGAAGAAGGACAAGAAGAAGCAGCAGAAGAUGGCGAAGGAGGAAGAGAAAGCUCAGCGGGCGGCGGAGAAGGCCGCUGAAGAAGCUGCGCUGAAAGCCAAGCAAACCGCUAUUGAGGACGAACAGCGAAAGCGCCGGGAGGAGGAACGCGCCCGCCGCGAGGCUGAGCGCAAGGCCCGUGAGGAGGAGAAGCAGCGCAAGGAUGAGGAGCGUCGGAAGCGUCUCGCCGAGGAAAAAGAACGGGAGGCUGAGAGAGAGAAGAAGCGCAAGGAGAAGGAGGAGAAGGCCAAAGCUGAGAGGCGAGAGAGGGAAGAGAAGGAACGCAAAGCUCGUGAAGAACGUGAAGCAAAGACUGCCCGGGAGAAAGCUGCCGCUGCCGCUAAACGCGAGCAAAUGGAAAAGGAGAAGAAAGAGAAAGAGGAGAAGGAAAGAAAGGAGCGGGAGGAGAAGGCGGAGAAGGAAGCCAAGGAACGGUUGAUUCAGCAACAGCAACAGCGUACUGUGUCAUCGUCCAGCAAGCUGCCACGCGCUCCUCCUUCGCCCCGCGAUGCUUCUGCCUCUAGCUCUUCCAGUAGCCAGCGCAUCCCGAGUAUCAAUGGGACCAAUGGCAAGAAGAUCUUGACAAAGCCCCCUCCAGUGUCUGCACCUGCUGCAGGACCAAGUCAAGCCCAACCAUUGCACCCUCAGCGUUCCCAGCAACAAAGUCGGCCACCUGUACAUUCUUCCUUACCUCCUACUCCAAUCACUCCCCAGACUUCGCAGCACCUCCCACCUCAGCCCCCCAUGUUCAAUUCUGGUCCACCGGGCAUAAUCCCCCCAGGUAGUGCAAUGUCGCCGCGCAUUCCCUUCGUUCCACCUCCAUUUGGCUUUCCAGCGGGGCCGUCGAUGCAGCCCAGCCCCACCUCUCCUCUUGCACCCUCCGCCAUGCCUAGAACAUUUGGUAUGGGAGGACCAGCCCCGCCUUUCGAUCCUCCUUUCCCUCGAGUUACACCCAUCGUUACUCCAGCGCCCAUCGCACCUCCUCCUAAGACCCCUUUACCACCGUCGUCGCUUGCGCCAGGUGCUAACAGGCGAGCUUCUGUCCCUGACCCAGGACCAAUCACUCGUCCGCUCGCGCCGAUCGCAAGACCGGGUGAGUCGUCCGGCUCAGGUUCUCCAGUGCGACGGUCCCCAAGUCCAAAAGGCGUACUCGGAUCUUCUGCUCUGGCAGCAGACGACGACGAAGUAGUGUCUGCACCGUCCCGUCGGACGGGGUCAGUAGGAACCGUUGGUCAAGGGUGGGGUCCAUCGAGUCCUCGUGGAGCUAUAGGUGAGAACUCGGUACGUCCACCUUGGGGCGCGCCCGGUCCUCCGGGUCCUUUGGCUCCUGGGCCUCCAGGUUUUGGCUCUCCACGACCAAUAGGGGCGCUCUGGGGCUCUCCUGCCAAUCCAGAAUGGCAUCCGUCCAACGGUCAAUUCUAUCCUAACUCUUUCCUCACCAAUGCAACUUCGUCCCAACCGCAUUCGAAUAGCUGA